AGACAUACCAGUCACACUCGCAUGCACACAAUCUAAGCCUAGCUUUGCUAAACGUCUAUUAAAAUACUAAAUCCUGCUGUCCAUCACCAGACUUCAGAGAGCGAUGGAUUCAUCCGGCAUUUCAGUCAUGGCUUCAACUUUUGCCCGUCUGGAUUGCGGGAUCGACAUUCGCACUUGCAACUUUGUUGUGGUCGGCUGCUUUUAUGUGCUGUUUUUCCCUGCCCUACUGCUAAACACAAUGGCAGCCUGGAUCUCCUGGAACAUCAACACCAAAUCCUCCUUCGUCGUGUACCUGAAGAACCUGGUUGCAGCCGACCUUCUCAUGACUUUGAUCAUCCCCGUUGCAGCAUCUGAUUUGUUGCCUUGGUCACCACGAGGACUGCGGUCGUUUAACUGCCAAUUUGGACGUGUGCUUUUCUACCUCUGCAUGUACGUCAGCAUUAUCCUGAUGGGGGUCAUCAGCCUGGACCGUUUCUUCAAGAUCGUACAGCCAGGUGGGAAACGUCUUGGCCACAGUGUGUUAUUUGGGAGGUUGGUUUCUGCUGGCAUCUGGAUAGUGCUGAUCAGUAUCAAUGCUGUUCCCACUAUGGUACUCACCAAUAAAACACCUGGGAAUGACACUGCAGAACUAUGUAUGGCCAUGAAAGACGAUGUGGGUAAACGCUACCACCAGGUGGUAAUUAUGGUAUGCAAUGCGAUUUUCUUUAUUGUGUUGAUCGUAAUCGCAUUUUGUUACAUGUGCAUUGCCAAACGAGUAAUCGAAUCGUACCGUAACUCAGGGAGCACGAAUGCAAAGGGGAAAAGGAAAAUCAAAGCCCGGGUGUUCAUCGUUCUGGUGGUGUUCCUGGUGUGUUUUGCUCCCUACCACAUCACACGCCUUCUCUACAUCCCUCAACAGGUGAAGAACAGGAUCAACUGCCAGUGGGCAUCUCUGAGAGUGGCUAAAGACAUCACUCUGUGGCUGGCCACCACCAAUGUCUGUCUGGACCCCCUCAUCUAUUUCUUGUUGUGCAAAGCCUUUCGGGUGAAGUUGUUUCAGCUCAAGAUAUUUUCUCACCAUUUUUCGACCUCAACCUUCCAAAGCACUGAUGAUACGAGUCUUUAAAGCACUAAUGAUGCAAGUCUUUAAAUUGAUUAAGUCCCUAACUCCCUGUAGCAGCCUGCUUGAGCAAUUGCUUUGACUUUAAGUCCCUCAGUCAGCAAUUUGGGACCUUGUUUUAAGAACUGAAACUAACAGCUCACAAUGAGGAUGUACCAUAUUUAAGCCUGUGUUUGC